UUUUACACUUCGAUUGAUCACCUACUAAUCAAUAAUCUCUCAUGUCUCUGCUUCAAGUUUCAAACCAAAACAGUCUUUUCUGCCAUUCUCCAUGUUCCCGAAGCUUUUCAUUCAGCCCCAGCUCAAUUGCCACUUCAAUGUGCUCUUCCUUUUGGGCCAAAGAGUUUUCUCUAAUCAAUGGGGCUUCGGUCGUUGGAAUUUUGGUGAAAACACCACGAGUAGGUUUAGGAGGAGGAGGAGGAUUUAGGGUGUUGGCUAUGUCAGCUUCCACGAAUUCCAGGUUUAAGAUGAAUUUGAAUGAGUAUAUGGUUACUUUAGAGAAGCCGCUUGGAAUUCGCUUCGCUCUGUCUUUAGAUGGCAAGAUCUUGGUUCAUUCCAUGAAGAAAGGGGGUAAUGCUGAGAAAUCCAGAAUAAUUAUGGUUGGUGAUACUCUGAAGAAGGCAAGCGCAUCUUCUGGGGGUAGUCUUAUUGAGAUUAAGGACUUCAGUGAUGCAGAGAAGAUGAUGUUAGAGAAAUCAGGACUUUGUAGUCUUGUCCUUGAAAGACCUUUCUCCCCUUUCCCAAUUCAACAUCUGCAUCAAAAAAGUGAUCUGGAGAUCCAAUUUAACAGAGGCCGGGUUCCUAUUGCCACUUGGAACAAAACAAUACUGACAUCAAGUUUGAGAACAUCUUUUGAGGGCAGCGGGAAUUCAGGGUUUAUUAUGUUCACCCCAAGAUUUUCUACUCCUAAAGGGUGGAAUCUUCUGAUUAACCAAAAUGGACAACUUCGCAGCAGGAUACAGAAAAACAUUCCAGACGAACCAUUUACUCAACUUGUCACCAUUUUCUCUGAAGAAGAAUCAGGAGAUGAUUGGUCACAUGGGAGCUUCCCACUUGAUGAGUAUAUCAAAGCACUAGAUCGUUCGAAAGGAGAACUUUACUAUAACCAUUCUCUUGGUAUGCGUUAUAGCAAGAUUACAGAUCAGAUGUAUGUGGGGUCAUGCAUACAAACUGAAGCUGAUGUAGAGACUUUAGCUAGUGUUGCGGGAGUCACUGCUGUACUAAAUUUCCAAGGCGGAGUUGAAGCAGAAAAUUGGGAAAUUAAUUCGAAGUCGAUUAACGAGUCAUGCCAACAGAAUAACAUCCUUAUGAUUAACUAUCCAAUAAGGGAAGGAGACUCAUUAGAUAUGAGGAACAAGCUUCCAUUUUGCGUAGGUCUUCUUUUACGCUUGCUGAAAAAGAACCAUUGUGUUUAUGUAACUUGCACUACUGGUUUCGACCGAUCUCCUGCCUGUGUGAUUGCCUAUCUCCAUUGGAUGACCGAUACUUCACUUCAUGCAGCCUACAACUAUGUUACUGGAUUGCAUACAUGCCGUCCUGACAGACCAGCAAUUGCCUGGGCAACAUGGGAUCUCAUAGCUAUGGUGGAAAAUGGCAAACACGACGGACCUGCAACCCAUGCCGUGACAUUUGUGUGGAAUGGACAUGAGGGAGAGAAUGUAGAACUGAUUGGAGAUCUUACUGGUAACUGGAAAGAACCAAUUAAAGCAAUCCACAAAGGUGGCCCAAGAUAUGAAGCUGAAGUUCGACUUGCACAAGGGAAGUAUUACUACAAGUUCAUAGUGAAUGGGGAUUGGAGGCAUUCAACAUCUUCACCGACUGAGAGGGAUGAACGGGGAAACCUUAACAAUAUACUUGAGGUUGGUGACACUGCAAGUGUGCGACCUUCUAUUCAACAACCAAAGAAGGAUGCAAAUGUUGUGAAAGUGAUCGAGAGACCAUUGACGGAAAAUGAGCGGUUUAUGUUAGCCAAAGCAGCUCGAUGUAUUGCAUUCUCCGUCUGUCCCAUAACGCUGGCACCCAAAUAGUUUCAUAUCAACCAUACCAUACCAUAAAAUGGCUUUGAAACAAUUUGUGGCCACUAUCAGCGGACUUUGCUUGCUGGGUCACUAUAAAAAUCGUCAUCAAAGUAUGCCACUAAUGAAGAAUACGGCCAUUAUUUGAAGAAAAUGACAUCUUUGGCAAGUGAGACGAUGUAGCCCUUCUGGCAAUUCAGAUGAUUAACGAUUGAUCGCAGGCAUGGCCUCUGGUUGAUUGGUAUUUUCUCUUUUUUUGUUAUUUUGCUAACCGAUAUAUAA